AUGAAUGGUUUGAACUGCGAAAACUACUCUCUUUAUGCGAAGGUGGCUGAAGUACUGGACACCCUUCUUUUUAUGCACAGCAACCCUUCAAGGAAAGACCAGUUUGUUACUGUGGUUGAAUUCAGGCAAGUUUGUGAUAAGCGUUUUCUUGGAGCUGCAAAGAUAUGGAUGAAGGACUGUCAUUGGUCUUUCUCUCUCCUCAUCACAGUAGUUAUGAUUUUAUCUACUGUUUUCUUCACAUUCUCAAAGCAUAAACAAGUCCUUGUGAGCAAACCAGUGCAAGAUGAAACUCUCAGCUCUGAAAAGGCAUUUACACGUCAUGCGGAAGAAGAAGUAUCAAAACAAGAGCCUGAUCAAAGUGAGACUAUUAUGGAGACUAAGGAAGCCCAAGAAAAUGAAGAUGUUCAUGUUCAUAAUAACUAUUUGGUUAGAUCACCGGAAUUAUAUUCAGAAAGUGAAACCAUUGGUCACUCAAGUGAAGAUUCAGAUGUUGACUGGCCUUAUUCAGGCAAUCUCGGUCCGAGCCCCGACUGCUCCAACGGUUCGAUUUCCGACGAGGAAAGCCUGAUCGAAAUUGCUCUUCCAAGUGGGCACUACGUUAGUCCAAAAGAAGAAGAACCCAAAUUUAAUUUGCUGCAAAAGUUGCCAGAUUUCUCAUCGGAUACCAUUUUCCAGCAAGAUGGACUAGUGGAGCUUUUAGCAGAGAUCAAUGAGGAAGAAAAUCUGAUAGAGAUUGACAUAUCAAUGGGCUCCAUCAAGUGCUCAAGGCUUGAGAUUGAAGCAUGA